UGACGUGGGGCUAAGAGAGGCCACAAAGUGGGCAGUAUGUCACUGCAUAGAGGUGCGGAGGGAGAGGCACAGUCUGUUCCCACCCCCACCCCCCUGGGGAAACGACAUGCAGGGUGUGGGAACCCUCUCUUCCCUGGAGUAUGUCUGCUUCCUGGUCGGCCUCUCCUCAGCGCAGACCACAACUACAGAAAACCCAAGCGUGACAUUACGCCUAAGGGUGCCCGGUCGGGGGCAGAGGGCUGGCGGCCCAGGGCAAAGUGCCUGAGUCACACUUCUUGUCACAUCCUUUUCAUUUCCCCCAGUGGGUCCCACGUGAAAGGCCUUUCUGAUUGGCUGCCUCCCAGGGGCCAGUGCACCCCGGCCUGCUGGCUCUCUAGGGGUCAAGGGCACAUAAAUAGCUCCUGCCGGGAAAGUGGUCUCAGAGAAAAGGAGCUGCUGCCUGGAGCUACGUAGGGUAAGUGCCCCUGUCUCGAAGAACCGACCGGCUCUCCCUCGGCGCCCAGCCCACUGCCACUGCUUGCAGGUGCUGCUUUCGACCCGGUUUCUGCAGACAUCUGCAGGCAGGGGACCCCGAGGGAGAAGAGGUACAGUGACGUGGCAGGGAGUAGGAAGGGCGGGCUGGGCUGCCGUGGAGAACGCCAGGGCCUUCUGCCCCGUCCUCAGAACGUCCUUCCCGGUUUGCCAAAGGUCCCCGCGCGGCAGGCCUGGCUUCUGCGUACCGCCCCCAUGCACCUCGGCCUCAGCCACAGCACCUCCCAGCCGCGGCCCCUGCGGCCCCCGCGGUCCCUCCGCUCCUGUCUGGCAAGACCUCCUAAACCGCAGAGCCCCAAGAAGCAAGUGGUGUUUGCGGACACGGCGGGGCUUUCGUUGACAUCCGUGCUCGUGUUUGAGGACGCUGUAGGCGGAGACUCCGAAGAGGGUCCUUGCAGAUGCCAGACGGACAGCUUCGCCUUCCAGAUGGAGAGGCCGCUGGAUCCCCGGGCCCUGAGGGCACUCUCCGGGUCUGCUUCUCCUUAGAGCUUGCUCGGAAGCUCUUGGGGGACAAGAACCAAGGCCAAAACCAUUGCUUGGUGCCUAGUUCCCAGUCCUGCUCCUCAGAAUGAAGCUGAACUCUCCGAGGGCCCACAGGCUGAGCCCUCUCGAUUACUUUUUCUGCACAGGCAAAGCUUGGUUUUGUUGCCCAGGUUGUGAGCGUUUCCUCUCCCUCCAGGAUCUUUACCCAGACUGUGUUUGCUUCCGAAUUCAUAGUGGGGAAACGGGACCACGGCAAGCCCUCCCUUCUCCUCCCCCUGCCCCAGGCCUUGAAUGCUUUGUAUCCUUCUCUCCUGGCAGGCUCACUUCUCACAGAAGUGAUAUUUCCUUCAGGAAGAUGCUGGCAACAGCACCCUUUACCCUUUGCUGGGAAGGAAGCCUUUGGAGUGUGGAACAGAAUUAACGUACAUAAAGCUUUUACAUGUAAUUCUUUAAAAGGCCUGGCAGAGAGGGUCUGUAAGGACUGCGUGGGUGUGUGGGUGAGGUCAGGAGGAGUUGUUUACCUUGAAGAUAGAGAUGCAGCACAGAAAUAUGCUUUUACUUUCUCUCGUUCUAGAAGUGGCUAUUUUCCUGGUAACUCAAAAUCGUCUGGCAACUUCAACUUUUGCCCCCCCCCCCCAAAAAAAAUGUUUGCUAAAGCAUCUUCACGGUUCAUCGAUUAAACACCUGACCUUUCCCCCUCUCCAGCAGAUAAGAGUCUGGGGAAACUGUCUACCUCAAAAUAAAUGCACUGAAAAAACAGACAUUAUGAACUACUCAGUACAUUUUUAAAGUGUAAUUUACCUAGACCGAGUUGCCAGACUUUUGUUCCUAUUUGCCUCCACCCCCCUUACACACACACUUUCCCUGUUGUAUUUUAUCCCCCUGUAUUGAAGCUGCUUACUGAACUGCUUGCUUCCCUCAGGGCCUGGGAAGGCUGGGAUAGGACUGCCAGGUACAUUGUUGGCCACCCCUGAGACACUCAAGACAUAUGGGUUGAAAUAAUGAAUAUUUGUGCCAAGUAUGUUCCCAGCUUCAUUACAUAAUGUUCUGAGAUCCUUAGUCUUUGAAAGAUUUUACCCUCUUUUCAGAGAUUGUUCAUUCUCUCAGAUUAUCAUUCAUAGAUGACAAACUUUAAAUAAAAGUGUUUUUUUU